CACCUCUCUAAGACAUCCGGGACAUUUUGGCUCCCGGCAAGCAGCGCGCCACCCGGGAGGGGCGGGCCAGAGGAGCGGGUUGGCCGGAAGGCGGAAGUGCAGAGAAUCCGGCGGCGUGAGCAUCGUGCGUUAUUUGAAUUCCUGGGUUUUCGCAGGUAAAAAUGGCUAAAAGUUUACGGAGUAAGUGGAAAAGGAAGAUGCGUGCUGAAAAGAGAAAAAAGAAUGCCCCAAAGGAGCUCAGCAGACUUAAAAGUAUUCUUAAAAUAGAUGGUGAUGUUUUAAUGAAAGAUGUUCAAGAGAUAGCAACUGUGGUGGAACCCAGACAUUGUCAAGAGAAAACGCAGUGUGUGGUGAAGGAUGAAACAGAUGACAUGAAAAUGGAGACUGAUAUUAAGAGAAACAAAAAGACUCUUCUAGAUCAGCAUGGGCAGUACCCCAUAUGGAUGAACCAGAGGCAAAGGAAAAGGCUGAAAGCAAAGCGAGAGAGAAAGAAGGGAAAAAGCAAAGUAAAAGCCAUGAAGGCAGCAAAGGGUUUGACCUGGUAGACUCUAAAAACUUGAAAAAUGCAACAUGAGACAAAUCUUUGAUUAAAUGUAUACAUGGAUUUCAGCUUCCACCAAAUGAAAAGUUUAUUUCCAUUUUUUAACUUGGCCUUUUUCUUCAAGCCCAACAUAACUCCUCAAAUUUGGUAACUUGAAUAAAAUAUUUUAUUUGAUGAGUGAAAGUA